GUCAAUCACAACACUCGAUAGCUCCAACUUGAUAAGGCAUUUUCACUUCCUUUUCCAACGCUCCCUCAAUAAGUAAAGAUGAAGUUCCUUUUCGUGGUCGCUCUUAUUGCCUUGGCCAUUCAGUUGGCUUAUUCUGCAAGUGGUACUACCACUACUACCACUGCUACCACCACUACAACAACCACUGCGGGAACAACGACAACAUCGGCGUCGGCAACCACCUCGACCACUGCCGCAUCCACCCACAAGAAGCGUUGUUGGAAGGGCAACAACUGGUGCCACACACGCAUCCCGAAUAAGAAGUGCAAGCACCCCAAAAGGUGCCACAAAACCGUCGUGAUUGUAACCCGCAGAAAAAAUUAACAUUCCAAAGGUUAUAUCUGAAAAUAAAGACAUCGAAAUAAUACAACAUA